GGGUUCUUGGGGUCGUGCCUAGUAUUUUAGAACCCAAUUCGGCUCAAGCCGUUGUGGCACCAAAACUGCAACAACAGCAUGUGCUUGCUUAUACUUGGAAAGUUAGGGUGCAGCUGUUCCUGCGAAUGCCAGAGCACUGACUGGCGUGGCCAUUCCAGCAAUGGAGGUGCAGGAGCCAGUUGCGGAGCCCAGCACCGGUCCGCGUGAAGAACUAUUAUCCAGAAUCGAGCAUCUCACAGCCACCAUCGAGACAGAUGCGGCUUGCAGAUCGCUCUCUUCCGACGAUGUCAAGCUGAUGGCUAGUAAUAUGUUGCGGUUUAACUUCAAGGCUGGCGAACAUAUUUUGAGGGCUGGUGAAAUGGGCACCCGUUUUUAUGCAUUGGCCAGCGGCAGCGUAGACUUGGUUCAAGACGGAGUUGUGUGCCACAAGCUUUCUUGCGGUUCCACUGUAGGGGCUGGGGCUUUGACCGCAUGGCACGAGGAGCCAUACGACGUCGUGGCGCGAGAAGACACCAUUGCCUUCGGAGUCGACGGCGCACAGUUUCUCAAGCUUCUUUCAACGAGCGCAUUACGUUCUGGACCUGAGAACCGUAGUUUCGUUGGACGAGUCCCACUCUUCCAGUUCCUACCAACGUGGGUGAGGGGCAGUAUCGCCGAUCUGACUCCGUACACAGAGAUCCUUGCAGCUGGCGAGUUCGUUUGCCACGAGGGACUCAAAGGGUUCAACAAAUUGCGCAUCCUGAAGAGUGGCAAGUUGAACUAUGUGCGCAAAAUAGAGAGCCCUCAUACCGUCAGGCGCUUCGAGCCUGGGGACGUCGUCGGUGCAGGAACCCUCCUUCCUUGGCGGCAGGGCUUGGCCGCCGCGGCCACAGUCGAGGCCGAGUGCAGGAGUGAGAUCCUCUGCAUCCCUGGUAAGGACUUGAGAGCCGUGCUGCGCGAUGAUAGCAUGUUUACGGACAUGAUCCAGAGGACCUUCAUGGUGAUGGGCCUUAAUCAGAUAAAGCUCCUUUCCGGCCUCUCCAGAGCCCACAAGAUUCACCUCGUGAAGGCCAUGGAGGUGAGGGACUACUCCCCGAAUGAGCUCGUUGACACUGGCACCGGCCUUAGCAGCGUUCAGUACGCGCACGUCAUGAACGGCUUGCUGCGCUCGCAGGGCACAGUCCCGCAGAUGGACCUUGGUAGUGGCCAAAUUUUCCUUUCCCCUGACGCCUUCUUCCCCAAUCGAUCUGGGACCCAGACAUACGUUGGGGAAGCGUGCCCCGACGAGGAGGGACGUUCGGAAUCGAUGCCGUCAGAGGUGCGAGGCAAUUUGCUCGCCGGGCCGGUCGGGUGCAAGGCUGCGCUUCUCACCAGAAGCAGCUUCGCGACGGCCCUCGCCGAGCUUGGUGUGUCGCCCAUCGUCGACGACCUGGAGGACACCACGGAGCUGGCAGAGGACAUGCUCAUGGCGAACCGCAUUCCGAUCCUCCGACACCUCUCUAGGGAGCAGGUCCAUCUCGUUCUCAAGUCGUUCGUGCCUAGUCGGUACGCCAAAGGCUCCCGCGUCAUCGAGCAGGGCGAGCUGGGCACUUCACUUUACGUCGUGGCCAGUGGCGUGCUCGAGGUGCAGAUCGGCGGAACUGCUGUGCGCACGCUCGGCAAGAACGGCAGCUUCGGCGACCGGGGCCUGCUCUUCCAGGAGCCGCGCAGCGCCACCGUGGUCGUCCUCAGCGACAUGGCCGUGCUGUGGUGCUUGGAGAAGGCAGAUUUUGUGCACGUGCUCACGGAGGACUUGCGGUCGGAAUUGGUAAAGCGUAUGGAUCUUCAAGAUACCAAUGUCGAGCUCAGCGAUUUAACAAGCAUCCGUCUCAUCGGAGAAGGCGGGUUUGGCCGCGUUUCCAUGGUGCAGCACAAGAAGACUGGCCUCAGGUAUGCAUUGAAGCAGGUGCGCAAAGAGGGCCCAACGGGACAACGGCAAGCACAGUUAGCAAUUCGAGAGUCGGAACUGUUAGCUGAGAUGGAUCAUCCUUUCACGCUGCAGUUGGUGAAGACGCUCGAGACCGACAGCAGCGUAUAUAUUUUGACAGACUUGAUCACUGGCGGCGACCUCUACACUGCUGUGCUUCAGAUGGGGAAGCCUCUGACUCACUGCGAGGCUCAAUUUUAUAUUGGUUCGCUACUUCUGGCGCUUGAGCAUCUGCACGACCGUGACAUUGUUUACCGCGAUCUCAAACUGGAAAAUGUGAUGCUUGAUGCCCGAGGUUAUAUUAAGCUUAUCGACUUUGGCAUUGCCAAGCGCCUUGACGAUACUGGGCGGACCUUCACUUGCCUGGGAACCCCACACUACAUGGCACCCGAGAUGCUACAAAACCACGGCUACGGUACUGAGGUUGACGUCUGGGCAUUGGGAGUUCUGCUGCAUAUUCUUGUUUGCAGGAGACUUCCUUUUGGCCACGUGGAGACCGACCCCGCGCAGAUUCGGAACAGCGUCCUGAAGAGCGACUUGGAGUUCCCACAGAAGUACAAAGACCAGUGCGGAAGGGCGCUCAUUCAAAGUCUUCUCUGUCGGAGACCGGAGCGCCGGCUCGGCGCGGGCAUUGACGGCCUCGACGAAGUCAGGCAGCACGCGUAUUUCAGGAUGCCUGGCGGCAAGAGUCUCUUCGAGAUGAUCAUCCGCCGGGAGCUCAUGCCGCCGGUUGUACCAGAGGGCGAACGUUACUCAGGGUCAAAACACCCUGACCAUGGAUUCAGCAUUGAUGUGGCUCGCCACGCAGAUGUGAGCUCAGGGGAAGAUCAGGCCCCGGGGUAGCAGCACCUACACCGGUGCAUCUCCCAACGCAACGGUUUGGCAGGGCUUCUCAGAGACGGCCUGAGGCAGGGACCGAAGCAGUAGACAGGCACACGACCUUCUUCGGCGUACCACUGAGCGUAUUGUCCUCAGCGCCUGAAUGGCAAUCGAUCAUCCUGCCAAUGUCCCCCGCUGUAUGCUAGCUAGUCCCCGGGCGGCAACAGACUGGAAUGCUGAAUGCCCCUUCUCUCGCAGAUAAGUCCUCGAUAAAGACUCUAGUCCUGGCUGCAACGCUCUCGCGGGAGCAACGGUCACGCAGCCCAUGUCUAUCUUUCGCAGAGGCCAGCCAGAUAAGAUAUGGUUCCGUGCUGGUCUUGCCGAGUUGUUGCUAAAAGCUUGUUCGCGCUACGACCCCCUUGGGCGCGCUGCGCAGCGCGCAAACGGCGACGGUCCACUAGUCGCAAUCUCCCCAUCCAGAGACCGUCGCUCGCACGUCCACAGCUUGUGGUUCCCGCCCGCCUUGCAGCGCUGAUUCUUGAGUUCCAGGUCUGGCUCAGCAGUAGAUCAGUUGGUGGAGGCUCCCCAACAUGUAGCAGUGGAUGCAAGUCUAGGUAGCGUGAACGUCACCCUAGAGAAUCAUUCGGAUUUGCUGAGAUCAGCCUUUGGAGAAGGCCCUGGUUCUCAUUGCACCGGCCUCAAGCCCUAUACGGGGAAAUGAAGAAUCGAGUUUUCCAGAACUCGAGAUUGCCGCCGCUCGUUGACGGGUCCGGCACGAAUUUUUAUGGCCCUGUUUUCGUCAAAUGUUUGCAGCAGCAUGUCGCAUCAAAUUUCAAACUAGGUACCGCAAUUGUUCCUUUGGCGCUGUCAGGCAAAUUCGAGUCCUCCAAAUGGAGGUCUUACGUCUCCCCGACUUGGAGGAAGGAAGCCCGUACUUGCCCCGCGCAAGGUCUCCAGAGGACCCGUGCCAAAAAUAGUUGAAGGUCUACCAG